ACGUUUACCGAGUCCACCUUGUACUAUGACACUUACGAUCGAGUCUAGAAUUCAACUGGUGUCAGGCCAUACAAUGCCACUCCUGGGAUUCGGCGUGUAUCAAAAUUUCACUACCCGAGCGUCAGUUCUUGAGGCAUUGCGAGCGGGCUUCAGACACGUGGAUUCAGCCCAAGCUUAUCGCAAUGAAGCGGCUGUUGGGGAAGCUGUCAAAGAUAGCGGCAUUGACCGAGGAGAACUUUUCAUUACGACGAAAUGUAUCAGCAAACAUCAUGGGUAUGAGAGCACGCUGAGGGGUGUCGAUGAAUCUCUCGCUAAAUUUGGCUUUGAGUACAUCGACUUAUUCCUCAUUCACGACCCGUAUUCUGGCACUGAGCGCCGUCUAGCCACAUACAGGGCUUUGCAAGAUGCCCGUGAUGCGGGAAAAAUACGAUCUAUUGGCGUUUCAAAUUAUGGGAUCAAGCAUUUAGAAGAGAUUGCAGAUGCAAAAUAUGAUAUGCCUGCGGUGAAUCAAAUUGAGCUUCACCCAUUUUGCCAGCAACGGCCUAUAGUGGACUAUUGCCGUGAACACUCGAUCGUGGUCCAAGCCUACUGUCCGAUUAUGCGAGGGAAAAUGGAUCAUCCGAUCAUUCAAACAAUAGCGCAGAAUCAUGGUCGCGACGCAGCCCAAGUGCUCCUUCGGUGGUCACUUCAAAAAGGCUUCGUUCCGCUGCCCAAAUCAGCAACGCCAGAACGCAUCAGAUCAAACGCUCAAUUGUACAAUUUUGAACUGGAACCCGAAGAGAUGGAGCAACUUGACGGACUUGACCGUGGAAAAGAGGGGUCCAUCAGCUGGAACCCUGUUGAUGCUCCGUAAUUAUUAAAUUAUGUUUCCAAAGCGCGAGCUUUGCUGUUGAUUCAAACUGAAAGAGGCUUAUCGAUCAAAUCUAGUUUUUUAUCGUCUCAUUCAUGGACCCACGACAACGUUAUAUGAUUC